AUGGCGAACUUUAAUGCAGGACAGAUCAAGGCAGAAUCUCCUGCCAAUCCGGAAAUCAAGCAGGAGCCUGACACGAAAGACACUGUCAUGUCGGACGAUGACAUAUACGAAGACACUGGAGACUUGGAUUUCACAAAUGCCGCCCAAAACGUCUGGCUAACGCGGAUUCCUCGGACGUUAUGGGAGCGGUGGUCGAAGCUUGAUGAUGAUGAAGAGAUUCAAAUCGGCACUGUCAGGGUAGAGGGUGAUCCAACCGAUAUCAAAAGGAUAAGCUUACGGCUACUAGACAUACCCCAAAAUAAGGGCAUACCGAAAGACUAUAACCUGAGACGGCAGAACGUAAAUGCAGAUCGGUCGGCUUACGCAGUUCAAAACACUUAUGUUUUUACAGAAAAGGAUCUCCCCGGAUAUAAAGACAAGAUAAAUCAGUUUUAUAAUGAAAACCAACCAUACGGUCGAUCAUAUCUUUACGAACAGAUGAAACGCGAUGCGAAGAAAAAAGAGCGGAAAAGGAAGUGGGAGCCCUAUGUGAAAAAAACUGUACCAAGACAAACUGCCAUAACCGCCCGGGUUCAUGACGAGUUUAACUGCCUACCCGUAGAAAAUGAAGAAUACCAGAGAAUAGCGGAGGAGCGAGCUUUGGAGUCUCUCAAGCCCAAGAGAGAAACCAAGUUCAUCGAAAAAGUACCUGGCAAGAUGCUUCGGCCCAAAACAGUGGCUGCUGCUGACAAAUCCAAUUUUAUUCAAGUUACAAAACCUGCAAAAGUACGCGCACAGGAAAACAAGACUGCUCGUAUGCCCCAGAACGAGCUCUUGGACCUUAUUUAUGCUUGUUUCAGGAGAUACAAAUACUGGCCGUUUAAGUCACUUAAGGCUGAGUUGAGGCAGCCUGAAGUAUAUCUUAAGCAGACCCUGGAGAUAGUGGCACAUCUUGUUAAAUCUGGUGACUUUGCCCUGACCUGGGAGCUAAAGCCUGAAGCUAGGGAAAGUAACUACACAGAUGCGCUGGCAUACAGGGACGCAAAGGAAGAGCUUCCUCCUACAGCAGGUUACAAUUUUGAUGAAGGAUCCGAAGGAGAACCCACUGCUUCAGGCAUAGGCACAGAUGCUGACGAUGAUGAUAACGUUAAGUUUGAGAAUGCGUGA